GUUAGUAUGACUGUUUAGUGGUUAGGGUGUUUGACUCCCAGGCGAAAGGUUCUUGGUUCAAAACCCAAAGUCAACAGUCUACGCGUACCCAUCAUGAUCCGCAAAUUGCUAGUUAAUGACUUGUAUCUGAAAAGACAAUGACUGUAAAUUACUUUCGAUAAAAGUGUCCACUAAAUAAAUGGUAAAUUAAUAAUAAAUGAUGUCUGCAAAAAUGAAUCUCAGGUCAUAUCUGACGUCAUCUGUCACGGCCGCAACGCGAGAAUAACAGACCCCCUCACUGUACUCUCGCGAUAGGAGGAGGACCAGCGCGAGAAGAACGGACACAGGCAAGGCACAGCAAUAUUCAUAUUUAGCAACAACAACAAGCAUUAUUAAUUGAUUAUUUGCGUUAACUAUGACGAAGACGGAGAAAAUAGUGUUGCAAUCUCACUGAAACAACAUAUUGGAGUUAGAGGAAAUACGAUAUACAGCGGGGUCCCAUCACUCGGUCACAAUGGCUGUAUCUCUACUGCGUGUGUGUGGUCAUCUGUAAAGACAGUGUCUGCCUUGUUAUCCCAUCUCACGUAUCUCUCGUCCACUCCCUUACUCCCUUAUAACAGACAACUAUUUAUAUUAAAACUAUACUCCUAUUUUAGAAGAUAAUGUAGCACGGAGCCUUCCCUUGUAGAAACCUGGGCCUCUACAAACGCCUGUCGUUGGGCUGUGUUGCGGUGCAUUCUAACAAUUCAACUUUAAAUGGAAAUGAAGGCAACACUAAAGAUCACACCCACGUGCAAAUUACUAGACCGAUGUGCAGUGUUUACCCCUGUUCCCCUGGCCCAGCUGUGCAAGCCCUCUGCACUGUCCUCGCCGGUCUGAAGUGAUUGGAUCCUUCCUUGUUCAAUCACAGACCCCGGCCAAUCGGAGCAUGAACGGCUCACUCCUGACCCCGCCCAGCCCUAGGGCAGCCAGCUCCUCCCCCCUGCCUCCUUCCCCAUCCCCUUCCCCUCCCUCCCCCUCUCUCCUCCCCCUCUCCUCCAGACCCCCUCCUCUGCCCCCGCUCAUCAGCCCGCCCCCCCAGGGCCCCACCUCCUCGUUGUCCGACACCCCCACGCCCUCCCCCUCCCCUUGUCUCAGCUGGACCGAGUUCUGCGAGCUCCACGCCCGCGUCGCCGCCGGCGACUUCGCCCGCCACUUUCGGGCGUUCCUCCAGGAGAACCCGCACUACUCCCCCGACGCGGCCGGGGCCUUCUGCCGCCGCUUCACGGACCGCUUCGUCCGCCACUUCCAGAGCGAGUUGGAGGGGACCGGCCCGCCCAACUGCGUCUCUGGCAGGGAGGACAUGGGGAGCUGGGCUCCCCAGAUAGACCCCCCCUCCCUGGAGGAGGAGGUCGUCUGCCUGCUUCCCCCGCCCGGGGGCCUGCCACGGCCCGGGGCCCCCGGGGGCCUUCCGCGGCCCGGGGCCAAGCAACCCCCGGCCCGGCUGGUGCUGGAGCACCGCGGAGGCGACCGCUUCCAGGACUCGUACGCCCACACCCAGAUGCUCCCUCCCUCCUCCUCUUCCUCCUGCUCCUCCUCUGUGGGCGGGAACAACGGGCGACGGGAGGAGAGGGGAGGCGUGGCGGCUGGGAGCGAGGAGGCCCCGGUAGAGGAGGAGGAGGAGGAGGAGGAGGAAGAGGAGGACAGCUGGCUGGGCGGGGUGCCCGUCGGCGAGGACGGAGAACAUCCGGAGGAGAGGGAGGCGGAGUCUGCGGAGGACCACGCUGACUCCUCCCUCUCCUCUCAGAACCCUCCCCCCUUCUCCUCGACCACGCCCCCUCCGGGCUCCAAGGGCAACGGCACGCCGAGUGGGUCCAAGGGCAAGCUGAAGAAGCGCUUCUCGCUGCGCAGCGUGGGCCGGAGCGUGCGCGGCAGCGUCCGCGGCAUCCUCCACUGGCGGAGCUCCUCCGGCGACGCCCCCCAGAGCCCCCUCCCCUCCAGCUACAGCUACACCAUGGGGGUCCACGACGCGGCCCCCUCCUCCGCCAAACGGACCUCCGGCACGCAGCCGCCCACCCCGACCUCCUCCAUGCCGGUCUCCCUCUCCCUGCCGCUGUCCCUGCCCCACUCCUCCUCCUCCUCCCUGCCCCCCUCCUCCUCCAGCAGCGCCACCUCCCUCUCCCUCUCCGAGGCGGCCCGCGACCGCCGCCGCAGCAACGGCGAGGGCGGGGAGAAGGAGAAGUGGAGCCACCGGCUGGACAAGCUGAGGCUGUCCCGCUCGCCACCGCCCUCCAUGGGCCUCCCCGGCUCCGCGUCCCUGCCCCCCAGCAGCGCGGGGGCCUCGUCCCUGGGGGCCUCGGCCCUGGGCCCCAGCCGGCGGGCGGGCCGGCUGGUGAGGGAGGGCGGGGUCAGCGUCAGCACCACCAGCGACGAGUUGCUGGGGAGCCACGGCUUCCCGGGCUUCUCCUUCGGCCUGCUGCACCACUCGGCUGCCGUCGCCGAUGGCAACGGGGCCUCGGGCCAGGCCGCGCCCGCGCCGGCCCUGACCAGCGGAGGGGGGGUGCCCUGGCGCGGCGGACGCUGGCACAAGUGUCGGCUGGUCCUGAAGGAGAGGGAGAAGGAGGGGGCAGAGCGGGGCGAGGAGUACUACCUGGAGUUUUUCAUCCCGCCCAAGGCCUCUAAGCCCAGGGUGACGGUGGCCUGCUGCUCCAUGGUGGACGUGAGGAGCACCACUGCCCUGGAGGUCCCAGACAAGGAGAACACCUUCCUCCUGCAGCUGGAGGGGGCGGUGCAGUAUGUGAUCGAGACGCGGGACGCCGUGCAGAUGAGGGCGUGGCUUAGUGACAUCAGGAACGGCAUCUGUCUGAGUGAGCAGGAUGAGGGAGAGGGCCGGUGCGGGGCCCAUCUGGACAUCAGCGGCACGCCCGAGUUCGGCGACCGCCUGUCUCAAGUGUGUUAUGGAGGGAUCGGAGGCUCCUCCCCUUUAAUGGAGCCCCUCCCGCCUGAGCUGCCUCCCCGAGCUCCCCUCGACGAACCAGACGGCCGCCUCCUCGGAGGGGGCGGGGCUAGCCUUGGAACGCCCUUCGCAGAGACUCCCGACGCCACAGGCUCCUUCCUGUUCUCCGAGGUCACUUCCUCUGAGACGGUGGAGCACCCUUUGAGCGAGUGCCAGUGGUUCCACGGGACCUUGUCGCGUCUGAAGGCGGCCCAGCUGGUGCUGGCCGGGGGUCUGGCCAGCCACGGGGUCUUCCUGGUGCGCCAGAGUGAGACGCGUCGCGGGGAGUACGUCCUCACCUUCAACUUCCAGGGCAAGGCCAAGCACCUGCGUCUAUCCCUGAACGAGGACGGCCAGUGCCGGGUGCAGCACCUGUGGUUUCAGUCCAUCUUCGACAUGCUGGAGCACUUCCGGGUUCACCCCAUCCCCCUGGAGUCCGGGGGGGCCUCCGACGUCACACUCAUCAGCUUUGUAGGAGCUACCGCCGUCAGACAGCCAGGCCGGGACAGGGCUGGCAGCCGGCCAACAGUUUGUGAGGUCAUCAGCACUCGUCAUCCUGACUCUCCAUCAACCCCCAUCUCUGACUGUGUACUUGACCAGCAGACCCCGUAGCCCCCCCCAGCCCCCCCCUCCCCCGCUGCCCCCCGGUCGGCCCCCGCCCCCCACUCCCCCGCAGGAGCGAGGGAGUGAAGGAGAGCUGGCAGGAGGUGUGGGACCAGGAGGUCCAGCAGCAGCAGGAGGAGGAGCAGCAGCAGCAGC